AUGAAAAAAGAUCAGAAUAACGAACCAAGCGGAUCGGAUAGUGAAAUAAGCCCGCUUAUAAAUUUUUUUAACACUAGGAAAGGUAACAAAGGUUCGUUGCACAGGGGAAAAUCCAAGGAUAAAAGCGUUCUUGACUCUGAACUUGACUUGGGAUACGCCUACUCCUUUAGGACAUCCCCUAAAUAUAUUAGAGGCACGCUCAGGGAGUACCAAAUAGAAGGAGUGAACUGGCUAAUCAGCAUGCACGAGAAGAAUAUUAACUGCAUUCUUGCAGACGAAAUGGGGCUGGGAAAGACGCUGCAGACUAUCACAUUCCUGGGCUACUUGAAGAAUUUUCUGAAGAACAAGGCGCCCCAUCUGCUGAUAGUGCCCAAGUCGCUCUUGCACAACUGGAAGGCUGAAUUUACAAAAUUUUUACCGUCAUUCAGGCUGUUUAUCUUUCAUGCCAGCCAAGCUGAAAUCAAAGAUACGGAGGAAAACAUGGAGAAUACGAACUAUGACGUUGUGAUAACGACGUACGAAAUGUGCAUCUCUGCAAAGAAGGUGUUUCAGAGGAUACAGUGGUGCUAUCUGGUUAUUGACGAGGCACACAGAAUUAAAAACGAGGCCAGUCUGCUCUCAAAAAUCGUGAGGAUUUUUCGAUGCGAGCACCGCCUGCUGCUUACUGGCACGCCUCUCCAGAAUAAUGUGCAUGAGCUUUGGGCAUUACUCAACUUUCUUGACCCGAAGCUGUUCAAGGACCCAGAACAGUUUGAGAAGUGGAUUACACAAAUGGAAAACGAUAAAAAAGGAGGAAUAGAUCAGCUGAGAAAAGUAUUGCAGUUGUUUUUUCUGCGCAGAGAGAAACGUGACGUGGAGAAGACCUUGCUGCCAAAAAAGGUUAUCAAUUUGUAUCCACAGCUCACUACGAUGCAACGGAAUUUGUACAAGAUGAUCCUCGAGAAGGAUCUAACACCUCUAUUGAACAAGAGGGAGGUUAAAAGCAGCCUGUUGAAUGUGGUCAUACAGCUUAGGAAAUGUUGCAAUCAUCCGUAUCUGUUUGAUGGGAUGGAACCAGGCCCACCAUACACGACAGAUGAGCAUCUGGUGUAUAACUCAGGCAAAAUGAUGUAUCUUGAUAAGCUUUUAACGGAGAUGAAGCGCAGGAACAGUCGUGUUCUUAUAUUUACGCAGAUGACUCGUACGUUAGACAUCCUCGAGGAUUACUGCACAAUGAGGGAGUACGAGUACAGAAGAAUUGAUGGGAGCACAUCGGCUGCCGAGCGUGGUGAGGCGAUAGACGAGUUCAAUGCGGAAAACAGCGAAAUCUUCAUUUUUCUGCUUUCGACUCGUGCUGGUGGCCUGGGGAUCAACCUGGCAACGGCCGAUAUUGUGAUAAUGUAUGACUCUGAUUGGAAUCCGCAGAUUGAUCUGCAGGCACAGGACAGAGCGCAUCGAAUAGGGCAGACAAAGCAGGUGUUUGUGUUUAAAUUCAUUACAGAGAGCACCAUAGAGGAGAAAAUAAUUUAUAGAGCACUCAAAAAGCUGAAACUGGACGAAAUUCUUGUGAAGAACAACCUGAACACAUCGUCCAACAUUAAUGAGAAGGAGCUGAUUGAGAUACUGGCAGAGGGCGUCGAGAACAUCUUUGAGAAAGAAGAGAAGACUGAAGAGCUUAACAUCGAGGAAAUCAUAAAAGUUGGCGAAGAAAAAACAAAAAUUCUGAAUUCGCAGCUUGAAAGUGUCACGCUGAGUGAGACACAAGACCACAACAUUGAAAUAUAUGAAUGGGAGGGUGAGGACUACAAGAACAAAGCUAAGAUAGAAAAAUACCUGCUGAGCAACAAGAGGCGGAAUCAUUCGCUGUUUCAUCGGCCAAAGCAGUUGAUUUUGCCCGAGUACCACUUUUAUCCGAAGGAACUGUUUGAAAUUAUAAGAAAGGAAAAUGAGUUAUACGAUCAGGGAGAACAGCUGAGCGAAGAUGAUGCCAAGAGAAAGGAGGAGCUUAUCGAGAUGGGGUAUAGGAACUGGACAAAAAGGGACUUCCUGGCCUUUAUAAGAGUUACGGAGGUGUACGGACGAGAUAAUUUUGAAGAGUUUAAUAAACACAUUGAUAAGAGCGAGGAGGAGAUCAGGAGUUAUCAUCAUGUGUUUUGGAACAGAAUAGAUGAGCUUGAUGAAAAAGACAAAAUACUGGCACAUAUAGCGAAAGGUGAGCAGAAACAGAAGAAGGAAAUGAUCAUAAAAAUGGUUCUAAAAAGAAUAUUUGAGGAUAACGAGCCGCUGCGUCUCAAAAACAUCGUAAAUGUUAGAUCCAGAAAUUUCACGGAGCCGAUAGAUAUGGCAAUCCUCAAGGGUUAUUACAACAGAAACGACUCUGAAUAUUUGCAGAAACUGCUCAUAGAAUUGAAGAAAAAACACAUUUUCAAUUUUUUUGUUAGAACAUUGACCGUACAUGACAUCCAAAAAAGGCUGAAAGCGCUUAAAUCCGCUCUUUGUAAGAGUUGUAAUAAAGAAUUAUGACGAGAAAACGUCAUAGUCAUAAAAUAAAUAGCAAAUUGACAAUA